UGGCAGGAGAUCACCAUGCCUUUGGCCAGACAGUUACUACACCCUUCCUUGGAAGAGGAAAAGAAAAAACAUAAAAAGCAAUGGCUAGUUCAAAGUCCAAAUUCUUAUUUUAUGGAUGUAAAAUGUCCAGGUUGCUACAAGAUUACCACGGUUUUCAGCCAUGCACAGACGGUAGUUCUUUGUGUAGGUUGUUCAACCGUUCUGUGCCAGCCUGCAGGAGGAAAGGCUAGACGCCCAGAAGGCUGCUCACUUAGAAGAAAGCAACACUAA